CCUCUGGGAAGUGCAGCGCAGAGCCCGAAGCAUAGUCAUCUGCUGAGCUGGGAAAUUCCCCUUCCAGCACCCGUCUUUUCUAAAUUGCAGGUGCCAUGAUGCCGGUGAAGAAGUAUCUGCUGAAGUGCCUGCACCGGUUGCAGAAGGGUCCGGGCUACACGUAUAAGGAACUGCUGGUGUGGUACUGUGACAACACCAACACCCAUGGCCCCAAGCGCAUCAUCUGCGAGGGGCCCAAGAAGAAGGCCAUGUGGUUUGUGAUCACCCUGCUCUUUGCCUCCAUCGUCUUCUGGCAGUGGGGCGUCUUCAUCAGGACCUAUCUGAGCUGGGAGGUCAGCGUCUCCCUCUCUGUGGGCUUCAAGACCAUGGACUUCCCAGCGGUCACCAUCUGCAAUGCCAGCCCCUUCCAAUAUUCUAAAGUCAGGCAUUUGCUGAAGGAUCUGGAUCAACUGAUGGAAGCAGUUCUAGAGAGGAUUGUGGCUUCUGAGUCAACCCAUACCAAUGCCACCAAGGCCUUGAAUUUCACCAUCUGGAACCACACACCCCUGGUUCUUAUCGAUGAGCGGAACCCCCACCACCCAGUGGUCCUCGACCUCUUUGCGGACAAUCACAAUGACUCAGCAAGCAGCAGCCCAGCACCAGGAAGGACCUGCAAUGCUCAGGAGUGCAAAGUAGCCAUGAGACUGUGCUGCCUCAACGGGACCAUGUGCACCUUCCGAAACUUCACCAGUGCUACCCAAGCCGUGACAGAGUGGUACACCCUGCAGGCCACCAACAUCUUCUCACAGGUGCCAGCCCAGGAGCUGGUGAAGAUGGGCUCCCCAGGCGAGCAGCUGAUCCUGGCCUGCCUGUUUGGGGCCGAGCCCUGCAGCUACAGGAACUUCACCUCCCUCUUCCACCCUGAUUAUGGCAACUGUUACAUCUUCAACUGGGGCAUGACCGAGAAAGCACUCCCUUCUGCCAACCCUGGAGUUGAGUUCGGCCUGAAGUUGAUCCUGGACAUAGGCCAGGAAGAUUAUGUGCCCUUCCUCACGUCCACGGCCGGGGCCCGGCUGCUGCUGCAUGAGCAGAGGUCAUACCCCUUCGUCAAAGACGAGGGCAUCUAUGCCAUGUCAGGGACGGAGACAUCCAUCGGGGUGCUGGUGGACAAACUGGAGAGAAAGGGCAAACCCUACAGCCAGUGCACUGUGAACGGCUCUGACGUCCCCAUCCAAAACCUCUACAGGGACUACAACACCACCUACUCGAUCCAGGCCUGUAUUCGCUCAUGCUUCCAAGAGCACAUGAUCCAUAACUGCAGCUGUGGCCACUACCUAUACCCGCUGCCCCAGGGAAAGAAGUACUGCAACAACCAGGAGUUCCCUGACUGGGUUUAUUGCUACUCAGAGCUGCGCAGGAGCUUGGGCCAGAGGGAGACCUGCAUCAAGAUGUGCAAGGAGUCCUGCAAUGACACCCAGUACAAGAUGACCAUCUCGAUGGCCGACUGGCCUUCUGAAGCCUCUGAGGACUGGAUUUUCCAUGUCCUGUCUCAGGAGCGGGACCAAAGCACCAAUAUCACUUUGAGCAGGAAGGGAAUUGUGAAGCUCAACAUCUUCUUCCAAGAAUUCAACUAUCGUACCAUUGAGGAGUCGGCAGCUAAUAAUAUUGUCUGGUUGCUCUCAAAUCUGGGUGGCCAGUUUGGCUUCUGGAUGGGAGGCUCAGUGCUGUGCCUCAUCGAGUUUGCAGAGAUCAUCAUCGACUUUGUUUGGAUCACCGUCAUCAAGCUGGUGGCCUUCUCCAAGAGCCUACGGCAGAGACGGUCUCAGGCUUGCUACGCCGGCCCACCACCCACCGUGGCUGAGCUGGUAGAGGCUCACACCAACUUUGCCUUCCAGUCUGACACAGUCAACCAUGGCCCCAACCCUGGGGCCUACCCCAAUGAGCAGACCUUGCCCAUCCCAGGCACCCCACCCCCCAACUAUGACUCCCUACGUCUGCAGCCAUUGGACAUCGAGUCUGACAGUGAGGACGAUGCCAUCUAGACCCUGUCCCUGCCCACCCUGAGCAGCCGAAGAGCUCAGACCUGAGAAGCGAGGCCAGU